UUAUACUUUCGAUAGUACUCACGCUUUGCUUGGGCUAAUAUUUAAUACUGCUAUAUUUGUGUGCUACUUUACUUACGACUUACGUUGAGAAAAAAAAAAUUAAAUUCAGGCCUCGGACUUGAACUCAAACUUUUGAAUUUUAGGGUUUUACUUAACUUGAUAAGUAUUUGUUUCUCUCAAUCGAUCGUAGGUUGUCGGCGUCGUACAGUCUUUACAACUCAUAUACUUACUCUACAAAGUGCAAAGUAAAGUGACCAUUAUCUAUAGUAAACUCAACGAUUUAAUUGGCAGACAUUACGUUGCUGAGGACAAUUUCAGUUGGGCAAACUUCCAAACAAGACUGCCAAAAGUUUCUGUAUUUUUUAUGUAAUAUAAAACCAAGUCUCGGUGUCAAAUUUUUAUUUUAACAUGAUUCACGUAAGACAAAAGUUUUUGUCGAUGCAAACUUGAAUUCCAAUGUAAAGUAACAUGCUCUUGCAAGGCGAGAAAUAGUAGAUCGGAGAGAAAGACUCAAAAUUCAUCCCGCAAACAUUUGAACGUUGCAAAGAUGAGUGGUGAAAUGUUUGAGGAUAAGGACUACCCAACCCAGUGGGCCAUCAAUCCCGCAACUUAUCAAAAUAUGAACAGUGAUCAAGUGGAUUGGGCUGCUUUAGCCCAGCAGUGGAUCAAAAUGAAAGAGUCUAGUGUUCCACCUGCACCACCUCCGCCUCUGAUUGCGGACAGUCUUCUAAAUACUUCGUCACAUGAUGGUGGUGGUGAAGCACCUAUGGAUAUGGAUACUAAAGAUGAUGAUAUUCCUCCGGCACCACCAGCUCCAACUAUUAGUGGAUCAGAUGACUGGAAUCAAUGGAGUCAGUGGGGAAAUCAAUGGGGGCAAGCUGCACCAUCUCUCGCACCUCCGAAUUGGGAUUGGGUUGCAUUUCCUGGGGGUCCUGAGGGAAAGUCUAUAGGGAUUCCGAUCCCACCCCCUGCCCCAUGUAUAUCAGGCAAUCACAUGCCACCUGCAGUGGUACCUACAGUACCACCACCUUUACCUCCUGCUUAUUCAUACAAUACAGUACCUAUUCCACCUACGCCAUAUGGAAAUCAAGUUCCUCCUACUAAUUUCUGGAACUCUGAGCAACAUCAUCCAAUUCCUGCUGCUCCUAUGCCUGGUCAACCACCUUUUGUAAAAAACAUACGUCCAAAUCAUCACAGAAUACCUUUUCCACCUCCACCUCCAAAUAUAAUGCCAACAUCUGAGUUGAUGACGACUAAAAAUCGAGGUUUGAGAGAUAGAACACCUGAAAAUGAUUAUUCAUUGACAAUAGAUCCUAUAAAGCGACGUACGCUACCGGCCUGGAUACGAGAAGGUCUCGAGAAAAUGGAAAAGGAAAAACAAAGAGCUGUUGAACGGGAAAAAGAAGAAAUUCUUCGAAAACAAGAAUUAGUUGAACGUAAAAAAAUUGAGGAGGAAGCACGCGCUGUUCUUAAUCCUGCAAAAAGUAAAUUUGAUUCUGAUUCAGAAAAAGAAGCUACCGAGCAAGAAGAUGAGGAUGAUAACAAAGAGAACAAUAGUAACGAAGGAAAAUCCACACCUAAUGAAUCUAACGAGCCAAAUAGCCCAGAUUUCAUGCGACCUAGAAAGAGUCGUUUCCAUGACUCAUCUUCUUCUGUAGUUGCACAUUCACGUGCAUCUACAUCUGCAACAAAGGAGAAAAGUCCCGAAGCUGCCAUUCCAUUCGCUAGUCCAGUUCCACGGUUGAUGAAAGAAGAGAUGUUGCAAAACUUAAUGCUUAAAGUACGGAGAUCAUUGACGGAAAUUUUACUUGAAGUGACAAAUGACGAAAUCGGUUCUGUAUGUAAAGACUUUUGGAAACGCUAUUCUAACAAAGCUUCUACAGGAAAGAACUUAAACCAAACAGCUAGCAACACAGCUCCAGUUUCCCAGAUCACUCGCAAGCUCGGCUUGGGCAUUUAUGAUGAUAGUAGCAGCGAGUCGGAAGAAGAGCCGCCGCCCCAGCAAAACGAGCCUCAACAGCCUCAAAGUGCCAACGAGAACGACAGUGACGAAGAACUGAAGGAAACCUUGAAACGUCGCCAGCAAGCCUUCCGCAGGACCGAAGCCGAAAUCGAAGCUCGGCUGGCUAAGGAGGAGGAAGAAGAGCAAGAAGGCCAAGAAGAGGACGAGGAUGAUGAGGAUGAAUCGAGGAGCCGGUCCAAAGAUCGAGAGGACUGUAGGAAGGAUGACGACAGGCGAAAGAGGGAGGAAGAAUCGGUAAGGGAUGACCAAAGCACAAAAGAAAAGAAAAGAAGUAGGACAGCAGGAGGUGGUAGAGGGGUGAAUAAUCGCGUAAGGAAGGAUAAUUAUACGGGUAAUUCUAGCUGCCCGGAAACAGAGGACAAUGACAUAGAUACUGCGCCGAUCGUCGGCGGUGAGAUGAAGAGAGCUCCCUCAGCUUUCAAGUCUGACCCAUCAACGGCCCUGGCGGAUCUCGACACCGCCUGCCGAGGAGCAGACGACUCGUCCGACUCGGAAAGUACAACCCAGUCGAAACGGACCUCCCGCGCCGGUAGUGCUAACAAUAAAAACAGCAAAAGCUCGUCCGCGCGCAGAAAGUCCUCGGGUCACUCGAGAGAUCGCUCAUCGAGCUGCAGCCGAUCCAAGAGUCGCAACAAGUCCUCCAGGGAGAACUCAUACGAAUCGUCGCGCUCCUCGGCAAAGCCAGACAUCGCCAGUAACGGCAAGCGCGAGGGUAACGCCAGCUCGGCGCGCUCGGACGUUAAGAAGCACAAGUCAAAGAACAAUGUUAAGCACAGACAGCGCUACCGGUCGUCGAGCUCGAGGUCUAGGUCGCGAUCGCACUCGACGUCGAGCUCCAGGUCGAGGUCAAAGCGCAAACGCUCGACGCGCUCGCGUUCUACUACCUCGCAUAGGAGCAAACGAAACAGGCGGGCUCGCUCCCGAUCCCAUGAUCGCUCCUCGCGCACGCGAUCUCGCUCGACGUCGCGUUCGAGGCGUAAGCGCUCGAGGAGCCACAAGAGCUCGACGUCCUCGAGACGGCGACGAGGCUCGCGCUCGAGGUCGACCGAAAAAUCUAGGCGGUCGAGGUCGCGCUCCAGGGGCUAUCGGCAUCGGCGUGACAGAGACGGUAAGAAGUCGUCGCAUCGGUACCAGGACUAAGUGCACGUCUCACAGCCAAAGGUUGUAUCGAUGGUUUGAUUUUAUAUUCUCGUCCUUUUACUUGUAGCGUCGCUGACAAAUGUAGAUUUAUUACGCUUAGCUCGGUAAUAAUUACGUCUCUUACGACUCUCUUUCCGCUUAAACUUUAAGUUUGUAAUUCUCAACUCCAACGCGGGUGAUUAAGAUUUUUCAGUAAAAACGCCACUUAUCGUCUCUGUACAUUUCUUCGAAAAUAAUAUCGUGAUUCUAGUACAGCGCUCUUGUAAAUAUAUUUACAGUUUAAGUAUAUCUUCCUUAAAUAAAAACUCAAGACUUAAGAAUAAUUUUUACAAGUCUGAGAUAUUCCCUUUUUCCUUUUUUACUGUUCGUAGUUAAGAACCAAAAAAAAAUUUUAUCCAUGAAAAGAAGCGUGUUUUUUGUGUUUUUCCCUAAUCAAAACACAAACAAUAUCUCAGAAAUAUAAUACCUUUUAAUCGCG